AUGGACCAACGCACCUCUAGCCGCAAAUCUCGGAGCUCGACCUCUUCAUCCCCGCCCCGCCCUCAUCUCAAUGCAUUGAGCUCGCUCCAGGCCCUAUCGCCACUGGCCACCACGCGCGACAACCUCCCAGCCGGCGGCACCUUUAGCGACGAGAUCACCGACUCGCCCUUGACUGCCGGUGGGCUCAGCCGCAGCUCGAGCCAGCGCACACUCAGCCGUUCCCUCUCUGGCCGCGAGCGCGUCUUCUCCGACGGCGGAGGCGGCAGCGGCGCCAGCGUACCGGGGCUCCGGAGACGGAGCAGCGGCGCCGAGAACAUCCCCGCGGGGAUCACCACCCGGCUCAUCCUCGUCAAGGCGCCGAGCGACAAGGACGCCACGCCGCUCAGACAGCGCUCAAAGUCGUCGUCCAACCUCGUCCCCGUGUCGAGCUUUGCUGCGCUCUCUGAUGCGCCGGCGACGUCGGCCGCCCCGCGGCGCUCCUUUGCAGCGGCCAGCUUCUCCUUUACGCCCACGCCUGCGAUCGGCGCUGCGCCUGGCGCGCCUGGAGGCUCGCCCGUGCGCCGCCCAUCCGUCUCGGGCACGACGACGCCCGGCGGCGGUGCAGGGCAGACGUCAUCCAAGCCACUCUCCCCCGACGAGGUGCUCGAGCUCGCCCGCGGCCUCAUGUCGCCUGUCGCGGCGCCGACUGGCGCGGAAGCCGCCAAGCUCCAACGGCGCAAGAGCUUGACCAGUUUGGGAGGCGGUGCCGAAAAGGAGCCCGAACCGAUCGCGCUCGAGCCGGUCGAGUAUGUCGAGAUGGACGACGACACGCUUCUGCCCUUCUCGGAUCGCCCGACGCAGGUGGCGGGCCUUCUGGCGAACCCGGUCAACGAGACGCUCGUCGACCUUCUCUCCAAGUCGUUCCCGUCUGGUGCAGCCCGGUCGAACUGGAAGGAGAUCCCCGUCACGGAGUGGAACUGGACAGAGUUCGAGCGUCUUCUCACCAAGAUCGGCAGGAAGGAGUGCCCCGAUUACCAAUGGGUGCUUCUUGCACGCGAAGCAGUGCGCGAGCGCUCAGUCGCGCUGUGGGAGAAACUCGGCGUGUGCCUUGGCUGUGACCCCGAGCUCAUGACGGCUGGCGAUGAGGACGAGUCGCCCGCGUCGUGGGCUGGUCUCGGGCUCGGCGACGAGGGCGAGUACGACCCGUCCCUCUCGCGCGUGUUCAUCGAAGGCCUGGAGCCGGUCGACCCGCUCGAGAAUGAAAAGGCCGAGCGUGCGCUUAUGCUCGAGUUUGGCCGGCCGGUCGACGCCCCCGAGUCGCCUGGCAUCCAGUGGACCGACUCGAUGCCGACCAUUGGCGAGGAGCCGAACGAGAGAGGCCACAACGGUGGCGGCGGGGCGCCGAGCGCCGGGAACAGAGAGGUCAAGGACUACUUUGACGAGAGCCCCGGCCACCGGCGUCACGAGCGCCACGACUCGCGUGACGGGCCGCCCUCGCCAUCGUCCGUCUUUGCGUCGAGCAUUGCGUCCACGUCGGCCUCGGUGCGCGGGUCGCCCGAGAAGAGCCGGUCCAAGUCGUUUGUCGGGCUGCAGAUCUGCACGGCGCCCGUGUCACCCUUCUCGACCGCGGGGCUCUCGCUCUCGCCCACAGCACUCGUGCACGACCAGCAGACGCAGUACGACCGCGGGCCGGGCAACCCGAUGUUUGUGAGCUCGUUCAACACGCUCAGCAUCGGCCCCAACCUCGGCCGCAAGGCGAGCAUGAGCGCCGCUGGCGGCGGCGGAGCGCCUGUCGGCCCGUCCUUCAGCCCCGACGCGCUCCGCGGCUUUGGCCGCUCCUCAGACAAGUUCCCCGGCUUGACGAGAAAGAGCAGCAAGGCGGGCAUGAGUGAGAGCGCGAUCACCUUUGUGAGCGAGGACCCGUACGCGGGGCGGCACUAG